AGAGUUAGCAUAAACUGAGCUGUGAGCUCCACAAAUUUAGUUCCAAUGGCAAAACUCUCUCACUCCUCACUCUAUCCAUUCCAUUCUCUCUCUUCUUCAACAAUUUGUUCAUCUUUAUUUCAUUUUACUUGUUGUACUUCAUUUUCUUGUUUUCCAACAAAGCUUGAAAUCCCAAUCUUGUCAUCAUCAUCAUCAUGUUGUUCACAAUUCUUCCCAUUACUUACAAAUCAUCAUCAUCAUCCAAUUUUGCUUUUCAUUGGUUUUGAGUCACCCCCUUUAGAUACUCAAACAUUUCUUGCCACUUUCAGUGUUUUAACUGCCAUUGCUCUCUCCCUCUUUCUUGGCCUCAAGGGAGAUCCAGUUCCUUGUGAUAGGUGUGCUGGGAAUGGUGGGACGAAGUGCGUCUUUUGCAACGAUGGUAAGAUGAAGAACGAAAAAGGAUUAGUCGACUGCAAAGUUUGCAAGGGUGCAGGAUUAAUACUCUGCAAGAAAUGUGCUGGUUCUGGAUACUCAAGAAGGAUAUGACCUAUACUACUUGUUUUCUUUUCCUCUGUAAUUAUUGGCUUGUGUUCUGAGGCUAAUUCACACAUACAUGAAAAUUUGAAGCUCACAUAUGAGGCUAUGUCAUUUUGUCUAAAUAUUUUGCUCUCAUAUGUUUUUCUGUAAGGAAAAAGGGUUAGUAACACGUUUGAUCCCUUGGUUAUUGGUAAA